AUGGGUUCAUCAUACUGCAUCCGUACUGAGAUAUUUCGGCAUAAAUCUGGACAAAAUGUGGGUUUGAGUAGGGCAAACAAUAUAGAGGCAGGCAAGUUGAAGGAAAAUUGCAUUGGCUUCUCUUCCGUGUCAUGUUACUCUCCUAGGAAGACACAGAUUUUGCAUGUAGACAAUGCAGUACUAGGACAUAAACGAGGGCAUAGUGUGAUAGUUGCUGCAAGUCCUCCCACAGAAGAUGCAGUAAUUGUUACAGAGCCUCUGACGAAAGAGGAUCUUGUAAAGUAUCUUGCCUCUGGAUGCAAGCCUAAGGAAAAUUGGAGAAUUGGUACAGAGCACGAGAAGUUUGGUUUUGAGCUAAAAACCUUACGUCCUAUGAAAUAUGAACAAAUAGCUGAGUUGCUUAAUGGAAUUUCUGAGAGAUUUGAUUGGGAGAAAGUCAUGGAAGGCGACAAGAUUAUUGGACUCAAACAGGGUAAGCAAAGCAUAUCGCUGGAGCCUGGAGGCCAAUUUGAGCUUAGUGGUGCACCUCUUGAGACUCUACAUCAGACUUGUGCUGAAGUCAAUUCACACCUUUAUCAGGUUAAAGCAGUUACAGAGGAAAUGGGAAUCGGAUUUCUUGGAAUUGGUUUUCAGCCGAAAUGGAGGAUUAAGGACAUACCUAUAAUGCCCAAGGGAAGAUAUGAGAUUAUGAGGAAUUACAUGCCAAAAGUUGGCACGCUUGGACUUGAUAUGAUGUUCAGGACUUGCACUGUACAGGUUAAUCUGGAUUUCAGUUCUGAAGCAGACAUGAUAAGAAAAUUUCGUGCUGGUCUUGCUUUGCAGCCUAUAGCAACAGCUCUAUUCGCAAAUUCACCUUUCACUGAAGGAAAGCCAAAUGGUUUUCUAAGCAUGAGAAGUCAAAUUUGGACUGAUACCGACAACAAUCGCACUGGCAUGCUUCCCUUUGUUUUUGAUGACUCCUUUGGGUUUGAACAAUAUGUUGAUUAUGCUCUUGAUGUUCCCAUGUACUUUGUUUAUCGGAAAAAGAAGUACAUCGACUGUACUGGAAUGACCUUCCGGGACUUUUUGGCAGGAAAGCUGAGCUGCAUUCCGGGUGAAUUGCCAACCCUGAAUGAUUGGGAGAAUCAUUUAACAACUAUAUUUCCUGAGGUCAGGCUGAAGAGAUACUUGGAGAUGAGGGGUGCUGAUGGAGGGCCUUGGAGGAGAUUGUGCGCUUUGCCAGCAUUUUGGGUAGGUAUACUGUAUGAUGAGGUUGCCCUACAGAAUGUGUUAGACAUUACAGCUGAUUGGACCCCUGAAGAAAGACAGAUGCUGAGAGAUAAGGUCCCCAUAACUGGUCUAAAGACACCAUUUCGGGAUGGGUUGCUCAAGCAUGUUGCCCAAGAUGUCGUAAAGUUGGCAAAGGAUGGCCUGGAAAGAAGAGGCUUUAAGGAAUCUGGGUUCUUGAAUGAGGUGGCCGAGGUUGUCAGAACCGGUGUAACACCAGCUGAGAGGCUAUUGGAAUUGUAUAACGGGAAGUGGGGACAACAAAUAGACCCUGUUUUUGAGGAGCUACUUUACUGA